AUGAGGUCGAUCCCUUGGUGGGGAGAUUUAGAGAAGUCGCGACUUGGUCGCCUCAGGAUGAAGGUGGCCUUUGCCUUUGUCAGGUCUAGGCUGUGUCGGGGCACUAUGACGGGAGACAAUUGGUUGGUUUGGUUGGGUUCGCUCAACACCCCAAGUGAAGUCUUGCUAGGUGGUCGUAGCUCUCCGUCAUCUUCACAACAUCGCCACGAAGGCUCUCCACUUCAGCCUGGAGGUGCACAUCGGCAGAAGGCUUCCUUUGGGAGGACCCGUAAUAAGGGGUAUGAUGUAUCAAGGCUAGCCUCACUUGGCAUAGCGGAGUGUGAGGGGUAG